AUGGGUGACUGGGAGCUUCCGCCGCCCUGCCUUCCUGUGGGCUCCACCCCAGGAAAUAAGAGGCCCGUGCAGGUGACAGGUGCCCACGCAGUCUUCACAUGGACCCUUAAGGGUGGCCCCUGGAGUCCCUGGCUCUGCGGCAGCAGGAAUGUGGUCAUCUCCUUUGUCCUCACUGAGUCGACGACCUCCCGCUGCUGGCAUCUUUGUCUUCACUAUCGCCUUCACAGCGACCAGCAUCCCUGUGCCACGGUGUUUGGCCAGGAGGAUCUCACCAAAGCCGCCUUUGUCAAGGAGGCGCAGCACCUCAUAGUUUUCCUGGAGGCUUCUCCUUGGUUCUCCUUGACUGCAGGUGGAAGUUCCAAUCCAUUCCAGCACCUGGAGAAAAGUGCAGUACUCCAGGAGGCCCGUGUCUUUAAUGAAACUCCCAUCAACCCUCGGAAAUGUGCCCACAUCCUCACCAAGAUUCUUUACCUCAUAAACCAGGGGGAGCAUCUGGGGACCACUGAAGCAACAGAGGCCUUCUUUGCUAUGACCAAGCUUUUUCAGUCCAACGAUCCCACGCUCCGGCGGAUGUGCUACUUGACCAUCAAGCAGAUGUCUUGCAUCACAGAGGAUGUCAUCAUUGUUACCAGCAGCCUGACAAAAGACAUGACCGGGAAAGAGGACAACUACCGGGGCCUGGCCGUGCGCGCCCUGUGCCAGAUCACUGAUGUGAGUCCACGCCCUCCUGUGUCCUGCACACACUUCUGGUUGUCCCCUGCUCCUUGGGUCAGGGUGUGCAAGAGCACCCAAAACAGUUGCUACCUUCCUCCCUGUACUCCUCUGUACCACGCUGAGCUCGGCUGUGGCUCAGAGGGUACAAUUGCCCUUGCUCCUGCUGUGCAGUUCCCGAUAUGUGUCCCCUGUGUCCCCACAGUGCUCCAGCUCUUCUGCAGCUCCCCCAAGGCUGCGCUCCGCUACGCUGCCGUCCGCACCCUCAAUAAGGUGGCCAUGAAGCACCCAUCCGCCGUGACUGCCUGCAACCUGGACCUUGAGAACUUGGUCACAGACUCGAACCGCAGCAUCGCCACACUGGCCAUCACCACACUGCUCAAGACAGGCAGUGAGAGCAGCAUUGACCGCCUGAUGAAGCAGAUCUCGUCCUUCAUGUCGGAGAUCUCGGAUGAGUUCAAGGUGGUGGUUGUCCAGGCCAUCAGUGCCCUGUGUCAGAAGCAUCCUCACAAACACACUGUCCUCAUGAACUUCCUGUUCACCAUGCUGCGGGAAGAGGGUGGCUUUGAGUACAAGCGUGCCAUUGUGGACUGCAUCAUCAGCAUCAUUGAGGAGAACUCAGAGAGCAAAGAGACAGGGUUGUCACACCUGUGCGAGUUCAUUGAGGACUGUGAGUUCACGGUGCUGGCCACGCGCAUCCUGCAUCUGCUGGGCCAGGAGGGGCCCAAGACCAACAACCCCUCCAAGUACAUCCGCUUCAUCUAUAACCGUGUGGUGCUGGAGCACGAGGAGGUCCGGGCAGGUGCGUCUGGGUGCGGGCAGAUGGGGCUCCCGGAUCCUUCUCCACUCAAAGGAGUGGCCCUGCAGAGGGACCUGCAUGGUGCAUGUCCUCGCAUCACAAGCUGAUUUCACAUCAUUGUGGAAAGGAGUUUAGAUGUCAUCU